UACAGGAGAUGGCCAGAGACUGCAGACAGUACAGGAGAUGACCAGAGACUGCGGACAGUACAGGAGAUGACCAGAGACUGCAGACAGUACAGGAGAUGGCCAGAGACUGUGGACAUAGUACAGGAGAUGGCCAGAGACUGCGGACACAGUACAGGAGAUGGCCAGAGACUGUGGACAUAGUACAGGGAAUGACCAGAGAUUACGGACAGUACAGAUGGCCAGAGACUGCAGACAGUGCAGGGAAUGACCAGAGAAUGCAGACAGUAAAGGAGAUGACCAGAGACUGCGGA